AUGGAUGAAUUUAUCGACGAACUACUGAGGGAAGAGCGUUUGUGCGAUGUUAUCUUGCCUAGAAUACAGAAAAGGCAUAUUUUGGAGGAGAAUAAUGAAUUAGAUCCAAAAAUAUCAGCUUUGGAUGAUGAUCUGGAUGAAGAUAUGCCAUCAGACGAAGAGAAUGUUGAUAUUGAGGCCAAAGAAAAUAGGAGAGAUAAAGAUAUUGUUCGACGAGAUAGAGAUAAGAGAAGAGACAGAUCACGCGAUAGAGAUCGACGUGAUAAAGAUCGGAAAAGAGAUCGCUCGAGUCGAGAGCGUGAUCGCAGGCGAGAGAGAGACAGGGAAAGAGAGAAGGAGAGAGAUAGGGAGAAGGAAAGAGAAAGGGAGAAGGAGAAGGAUAGAGAAAGGGAAAAGGAGAGAGAAAAGGAAAGGGAAAGGGAAAAGGAGAGAGAAAGAGAAAAAGAGAGAGAACGAGAACGAAUACGAGAGCGAGAAAGAGAAAAAGACAGGCGAGACAGAGAUAGGCAUGAUGGUGACAGAAGACGUGAUAGGAGUGGUAGAUAU